GCCCGAGAGAGCUGCUCAAGCUCUCAAUUGACUUUGUCUCACCUCCUUUGAGCGGCGGACACUAUUCGCCCCUCUACCCCGCCCUCGCCCCUCCGUCACAGACACUCCCUUAGCAAUUCGCGCUUCUCCCCCAUCGACAUCCUCAGAAUGGCGGCCGCACCGACGUCUCCCCACCCGCGCGAGCGGCGCCCUUCGAUGAGCGCCCCGCUCGCCGACUUCAAGGGCCCCGUCGGCCCCGACCACUUCACGCGCCCGAAGCACAAGCGUACUACGACGGGGUUUGGGCCCGGCGAGAUCAAGAGCGUCGAGGCGAGCAUUCCGGAGCCCCAGCGCGCCGCUUGGAGGAAGUUUAUGCCGAAGCCGUUUAGCACGCCCGAGGAGUUCAACAAGGAGACUGUCAGGCAUAUCGAGACGACGCUUGCGCGGAGCUUGUAUAACUGCGAUGAGUUUGCGGCGUAUGCCGGGACGGCGCUAGCGUUUAGGGAUCGUCUGAUCCUGGACUGGAAUAAGACGCAGCAGACCCAGACGUUUGCGGAUCAGAAGCGCAUAUACUAUCUCUCCCUCGAGUUCUUGAUGGGUCGAGCGCUGGACAAUGCUAUGCUCAACGUGGAGCAGAAGGACACGGCUGCGAAGGGUCUCGCGGACCUCGGCUUCCGCAUGGAGGACAUCGUCUCCCAGGAACACGAUGCCGCGCUCGGCAAUGGCGGUCUCGGACGUCUCGCCGCCUGCUUCCUCGAUUCCAUGGCCUCGCUCAACUACCCCGCCUGGGGAUACGGCCUCCGUUACAGAUACGGUAUCUUCAAGCAGGAGAUCAUCGACGGAUACCAGGUCGAGGUGCCAGACUACUGGCUCGACUUCAACCCGUGGGAGUUCCAGCGGCACGAUAUCACGGUGGAUGUGCAGUUCAAUGGCUAUGUCAACCGCUGGCAGGACGAUGAGGGUAAGCAGCAGUGCUCCUGGGAGGGCGGUGAGAUCGUGCAGGCGGUUGCCUUCGAUGUUCCGAUUCCUGGAUACAAGACUGGCACCUGCAACAACCUCCGUCUUUGGGGCAGCAAGGCCGCGAGCGGCGAAUUCGACUUCCAGAAGUUCAAUUCUGGUGACUACGAGAGCUCCGUUGCCGACCAGCAGCGCGCAGAGACCAUAUCUGCUGUGUUGUACCCGAACGAUAACCUCGAGCGGGGUAAGGAGCUUCGCCUGAAGCAGCAGUACUUCUGGUGUGCCGCGUCCCUCUAUGAUAUCGUUCGCCGAUUCAAGAAGACCAAGCGCGCCUGGAAAGAGUUCCCGAACCAAGUCGCCAUUCAGUUGAACGACACUCACCCAACACUCGCCAUUCCCGAGCUUCAGCGUAUAUUGGUCGAUGUGGAGGGCUUGGACUGGGAUGAUGCUUGGAAUAUUGUCACCAAGACCUUCGGUUACACCAACCACACCGUGCUUCCGGAAGCCCUGGAGAAGUGGUCGGUCCCGCUGAUGCAGCACCUCCUUCCUCGCCAUCUUCAGAUCAUCUUCGACAUCAACCUCCAAUUCUUGCAGUAUGUUGAGCGGAACUUCCCUAAGGACCGUGAGAUGCUCGGUAGAAUUUCGAUCAUCGAGGAGUCAAACCCCAAGAUGGUUCGCAUGGCCUUCCUUGCCCUAAUCGGCUCGCACAAGGUCAACGGUGUCGCCGAGCUCCAUUCGGACUUGAUCAAGACGACCAUUUUCAAAGACUUCGUCAAGAUCUUCGGCCCGGACAAAUUCACCAAUGUCACCAACGGCAUCACUCCCCGGAGAUGGCUCCACCAGGCGAAUCCAAGGCUGUCCGAGCUGAUUGCUUCGAAGCUGGGCGGUUACGAAUUCCUGAAGGAUCUGACUCUGCUUCACAAGCUGGAGGCGUUCGUUGACGACAAGGACUUCCGGAAGGAAUUCCGCGAGAUCAAGUACGCGAAUAAGGUGCGACUUGCGAAACAUAUCAAGGAGAGCAAUGGCGUCACCGUAAACCCUGCUGCGCUGUUCGACGUGCAAGUGAAGCGUAUGCACGAGUACAAGCGCCAGCAACUCAACAUCUUCGGGGUCAUCCACCGCUACCUCAAGAUCAAACAGAUGACGGCGGAAGAGAAGAAGAAGCUAGCUCCCCGCGUCUCCAUCUUCGGUGGUAAGGCUGCCCCGGGUUACUGGAUGGCCAAGACCGUCAUCCAUCUCAUCAACCAAGUCGGCAAGGUGGUCAACAAGGAUCCGGAUGUCGGGGAUCUGCUCAAAGUCAUCUUUCUGGAAGACUACAACGUCAGUAAGGCGGAGAUUAUCUGCCCGGCGAGCGACAUUAGCGAGCACAUCUCUACCGCUGGCACGGAGGCGAGUGGUACGAGCAACAUGAAGUUCUGUCUGAACGGCGGUCUGAUCAUCGGUACUUGCGACGGUGCCAAUAUCGAGAUCACCCGCGAGAUUGGGGAGCAGAACAUCUUCCUCUUCGGCAAUCUUGCUGAAGACGUCGACGAGCUCCGCCACUCCCAUCUCUACCAGCACUACGAGCUCGACCCGCAACUUGCUGCCGUCUUCGACACGAUCCACUCGGGCACCUUCGGUGACGCGGACGCUUUCUCUGCCCUGCUCAACGGUAUCGUCGACCACGGCGACUACUACCUCGUUUCCGACGACUUUGCGUCUUACAUCAAGACGCAGGAGCUCAUUGACGAGAGCUACAAGAACACGGAGGAGUGGACGACGAAGGCCAUCACCUCUGUGGCGCGCAUGGGCUUCUUCUCCAGCGAUCGGUGCAUUGAUGAGUAUGCGGAGAGCAUCUGGAAUAUUGAGCCGAUUGUGCCCAAGAAGGGGGACGGCAUGGGCACGUAGGUGGGCUUGCGAGGACUGGAGGGGGCGUCAUGAGCUAGAUAGAUGGCCUUUGCCUGGUUGGAGGUUUAGAUUGCUUGAGGGAGUCGGAGGAUAAUGCCUUUCUUGUUUCUACGUU